GUUUUGAACCACCUCCAUGAUGGUUGAAGCUGUGCCUGUCCGUGUACUGCUGCCUUCGGGCCAAGUGGCCUAUGAAGCUUCGCUACUGCCUGGCACCAGUGUGGAAGAGCUCCUCAUGAAGAUUCGCCAAGCUGGGGAUUUUGGCCCCUGGCUCUCCUUAGUCCUUGGGAGCCAAAAGCUGUCUUCAGCGACUACAUUGGGAUCACUGAAGCUAAAUGCUCAGGAUGUAUUCUACUUGAUCCAGCAACCAUUUGAGCCUAAGGUCAAGGUACUCCUUCUAGGAGGAAGUAUGGCAGGCAAAACGGCUCUUCAGUCAACCUUUUCCUCGGGACAGUUCGUGGGCAACUACGAGUACCCGGCUUCCAUUGGUGUUGACUUCCAAACAGCCAUUUUGACUGAGGGCGGCAAUCGGGCGAGAAUGCAAGUAUGGGACACGCCGGGCAAUGAGCGCUUGCAUUCAAUCACCAUGUGCUUUUUGCGAGGUGCACACAUGGUGAUGUUUGUCUUCAGCCAGCAAAGACGACAAAGCCUACGUGAGGCCGAGCAUUUGCUUCGAAUGGCGGAAGGAAAGUACGACACAAGAGUGGUGCGAUGCUUGGUGGGCACACACGGAGAUUUAGAUGAUCUUGAGGUGACAGAAGACGAGGUUGCAAGACUGGCGGAAGAGCUGAAUUGCACAUACCACUUGAUCUCAUGCAGGAGACCCGCUGCUGUUGAUGAGGUCUUCUCCAGCUGCUUACGUCGAUAUUUGGAGCUCUAUGGCAAUCCUGAAGAUGCUCCACGUGGCGCAGAUCCAGAUGGAAAGCGUUGUUCCUGUCAAAUCAUGUGAAGUCUUCGCAUUACCAACUUGGAGGUCAUGUUCGAAUGCUUCGGGGCCAAAAGGCCUGUACAGUGACCCGCUGCACUCGCCCCUGAUGUUCCACCAAGAGCGUGGAAACACAUGUUCGUGUAAGCUGCUCGCCGCAGGCAGUGUGGCUCACCAUGCUCGUAUACUGUAUACUGGUCGAUUUGGUUGGUGUGGUUAGUUUGAACCCUCUUUAUUAGGCCUAUUCAUCCAAGCGUCAUGAAGAUUCGACGUUUGUUAAAUGUGUUCGCCCUGAGGUAACC